AUGGCAGCUGUCUCUGCUAUCCCCCAAGCUCCCCCUAAGGACCCCGAGGCCAUGGUCGCCGGCGAGCACACGUUGCCUGCUAGCUGGUGGACCAACGAAGCCAUUUAUGAGCUCGAAAAGAGGGCGAUUUUCCACCGCUCGUGGUUGUUUUGCAUCCACCUGCUGAGGUUCACCAAGGCAGGAGACUACUUCUCGUUCACGGUCGCUGGCAUCAACUUCUUCAUCAUCAAGUCCAAGGUGGACGGCCAGUUGCGCGCCUUCCACAACGUGUGCCGUCACAGGGCUUACCCCAUUGUCCGUAAGGAGCAAGGAUCCUCAACGGUGUUGGGGUGCAAGUACCACGGCUGGAGCUACACCAGCGACGGCAAGUUGAACAAGGCGCCCCAUUUUGACAACGUAGAGGGUUUUGUCAAAGAGGAAAACUCGUUGUACCCCAUCCGGACCCAUGUGACGGCCCAAGGGUUGGUAUUUGUCAACUUCAACAAUGCCGAUACCGAGUCGUUCAUCGAGUUUGACGACUGGUUUGCCGGCUUGAACACCGAGCUCAGCGAGUUUGACUUCGACGACUACGAGUACCAUAUGUCCUACGAGUUAGACGGCAAGUUCAACUGGAAAACCCUCAUGGAUGGGUACCAGGAGUGCUACCACUGUCCCACUGCUCACCCCGGCUUGAACUCUGCCUUCAAGAUGGAAACCUACAAGGUGGUUCCCAAGACCCGAUACUGUCGUCAUUAUGCCGAAAUCAUCCGUCCUGAAGCCCCAAAACAGCAAGCUGAAGAGGAUGGGUCGUGGUUUGGAUUUGGCAAGAAGGAAAAGCCACCAGCUCCAUCCAAGCAGACCAAGGCCAACCCUGGUGGCGAAUUCAAUGGACUCUGGGUAUACUUGUUCCCCAGCAACGGUAUCAAUUGCUACUCACCUGCGUGGUACUCCAUCAGAGUGUUGCCCCAAAGUGCCCAGCACACCAUCUUGCAGUACGACAUCUUCACCAAGAAGGGGUUAGAUGAGGCUACCAAGAAAGAGUUCGUCGACUUCUUGCAGUUGGUCGAGAUCGAGGACUUCAACUUGUGCCAGAACACCCAGAAGAAUUUGGACCAGGGUGUGUAUUCUUCAGGAUAUUUGCACCCACAGAAAGAGAAGGGGGUUUUGUACUACCAAGGCUUGGUCCGCGAUAUGGUCAAGGAGCACUUUGCCAAAGAGCAGGCUGCUGGCACCCAGAUCAAGCCAGCAUCGGUGGCGUAUCACAAGAAGAACAAGGACAUCGAGGAGUUAGAGGCAAUUUGCAAAACCGUUAAUUGUGGCAGCGAGAAGGAAUUCGAUUGGUGA